AAAGAACCAAAAAACCCAAAACUACCCCCAAGUUGUUAUAAAUAGAGAAAGUAGGGUUUAGCCACCCCCUCAUACCUCACAGAAGGCCAGAGAAGCAGCAGCCGCAGCGACGCUGUAGCUUCAACUUUCUCAGGAAAAAUGGCUAGAGGAUUGAAGAAACACUUGAAGAGGCUCAAUGCCCCCAAGCACUGGAUGCUUGACAAGCUUGGUGGUGCAUUUGCACCCAAGCCAUCUUCUGGACCCCACAAGUCCAGGGAGUGCUUGCCAUUGAUCCUCAUCCUCCGAAACAGGUUGAAGUAUGCAUUGACAUACCGUGAAGUUAUUGCUAUUCUGAUGCAACGGCAUGUUCUUGUUGAUGGGAAGGUUAGAACAGAUAAGACCUACCCUGCUGGAUUCAUGGAUGUUGUGUCUAUUCCCAAGACAAAUGAAAACUUCCGACUUCUUUAUGACACCAAGGGUCGCUUCCGUCUUCACUCCAUCAAGGAUGAGGAGGCAAAGUUCAAGCUUUGCAAAGUCAGAUCUGUUCAGUUUGGACAGAAAGGUAUUCCAUACCUGAACACCUAUGAUGGACGUACUAUCCGAUACCCUGACCCACUCAUCAAGGCUAACGACACCAUCAAGCUUGAUCUAGAGACCCAAAAGAUCACAGACUUUAUCAAGUUUGAUGUUGGGAAUGUUGUCAUGGUUACUGGAGGAAGAAACAGAGGUCGUGUUGGAGUAAUCAAGAACAGGGAGAAGCAUAAGGGCAGCUUUGAAACCAUCCAUAUUCAAGAUGCCACCGGACAUGAGUUUGCAACCCGUCUUGGCAAUGUGUUUACAAUUGGUAAGGGAACAAAGCCAUGGGUAUCACUUCCCAAGGGCAAGGGCAUCAAGCUGUCUAUCAUCGAGGAGGCUAGGAAGAGACAAGCUGCCCAAGCUGCUGCUUAAGAUCUAAGAUACCAUUUUCUGCUUUAGUUAUUUCCAUUUGAUGCUAGCUGGUUACUGUUUUCUUUAGUCGAGAUAGCUAAAAUGGAUCUUUGUUAUUAUUUAUCAGCACAAUUUUGAACUGCUCGUUUACAUUAGUUAAUGUUUGGUGGAUAUUUUUUUUGAA